AUGGCUCCUCUCAAAUUUGUCAUUAAUUGUGGGAACUUUGCUGUGCUGGUGGAUCUCCAUGUUCUGCCCCUGGGCGGCCAAGAGGACGCCAGCUGGUUUACUACGGACCACAUCGAGGAGGUUACAGGUCUGGUCCGAGAUGCUGUGGAAUAAAGGGUUAAGCAGUACACAGAGUCCCUCCACAACAGAAGACACCUCAAACAGAAGGAGAUGGCACCUGCUUCAGCCUUUGUUGUGAUAGGCAAAAACUUUAACCUGGUUGCCAAUUUUCUGAAGCGGCACUUCAACCUCAGAUGUAUUGUGAAGCAGCUCUAUGGGGAUUUGCGUGUGUUUCCUGAACGAUAUGUUGUGUGUGUGAGCUGUCCAGAGGAUGCCUCAGUACACCAUGGAAACCCGAGCCUGGCCGCGACAGAGCUGUGCAAACUAAGCAGAUCAGAAUAUUUUUCCAGAGUGGGAGAAACCCAAGAACCUUUAAACAGCCCCACAAAAACAAAGAGCACUGUGCUUCAAAAGAUUGCCAAACAAGCUGGUGUCCAGCAAGAGCUCUGUGGUUCCAGUAUGGGGGAACAGCAAGUUAACCAGCGAGCUCGUCCCGAAGACCAAAGAGGGGAACUUAGAGCUGGAGAGUCAGAAUCAAGCCGAAAAGAGACUCUGUCCAGCUCUGGACAAAAAGCACCCCCAGAGACACACCACAAGGGCCUGACCCAGGAGCAGCAGACUGAGAAAAGUCCUCCAGACAGCAUCAACCCAACUGGGGCCUCAGUAGUUUUCUGCCAACAAGAAAUCAGUCAGGAGACCAGCAAGAGCAAGAGGUGCAAGCUGAGCAACGCAGGGGAAGACCCUCACCCACAGAGGGCCAAGAGGACGUGUCUUGGAGGACCUCCAGCUGCAAUGCAAACUCACUCCACCGAUUGCUCCACACAAACAUCCAAGCAUGACCCUCUUCCUCUGCCGCCCCUUCCUCCAGACGAAGCCAAGGCAGAGUCCAAGGCUUUCCCAGUCUCCAAGUGCAAGAAAACCACACUGGAAGUAGAGCUGCUUACUCCAGGGAAACGCGCCCAGAGGCUCCCCCUCACAAGCAAUAACACGGCACAGACAAACCAAAACAGGCUGGCCGCAAGUCUGAGGGGCCUAUCUGUCAAGCCUGCAUCCUCAGGCUCCUCUAUUAGUUCCAGAUCCACACUCGGAGAGGAGGGGAGCGAAUAUGUGCCCAGAACCUCUAGAUUACGACGACUGAAGAGGUCCUGA